AUGGCGGCGCCAAGUGCUGCGUUCCCGCCAGCCCUCUCGUCGAGGGAGCUGGUGGCCGCUGACAGGGGCCGUAGGAUGCUGGGCAUGUGUGGCAUGCAUCCCGACCACCAGGAAGCUCUGAAGAGGAACCGCGUGGUGCUGGCCAAACAGCUGCUGCUGAGCGAGCUGCUGGAGCACCUCCUGGAGAAGGACAUCAUCACCUUGGAGAUGCGGGAGCUCAUUCAGGCCCGGGCGGGCAGUUUCAACCAGAACGUGGAACUCCUCAACCUGCUGCCCAAGCGGGGCCCCCGGGCCUUUGAAGCCUUCUGUGCAGCCCUGAGGGAGACGAAGCAGGCCCACCUGGAGGACCUGCUGAUUGUAACCCUCUCUGGUCUCCAGCACGUCCCCCCACCGCUGAGCUGUGACUAUGACCUGGGUCUCCCGCUUCCGGUGUGUGAGUCCUGCCCUCCGCUCAAGCAGCUCCGCCUGUCUGCAGACGCUGUGGAGCACUCCUUGGACAGUGGAGAUGGCCCGGCCUGCUUGCAGGUGAAGCCAUGCACCCCUGAGUUUUAUCAGACACAUUGCCAGAAGGCCUAUAGGAUGGAGGCACGGACUCGCGGGCUGGCCCUGGUGCUGAGCAACGUGCGUUUCACUGGAGAGAAGGACCUGGAGUUCCGCUCUGGAGGCAGCGUGGACCACAGCACGCUGGUCACCCUGUUCACACUGCUGGGCUACAACGUGCACGUGCUGCACGAUCAGACCGCACAGGAGAUGCAGGAGAAGCUGCAGAGCUUUGCCCAGCUGCCCGCGCACCGCCUCACCGACUCCUGCAUCGUGGCGCUGCUCUCGCACGGGAUAGAGGGUGCCAUCUACGGGGUGGACGGCAAACUGCUUCAGCUGCAGGAGGUCUUCCGGCUCUUCAACAACGCCAGCUGCCCGAACCUGCAGAACAAGCCUAAGAUGUUCUUCGUCCAGGCCUGUCGCGGAGAUGAGACGGACCUUGGGGUCGACCAGCAGGAUGGGAAGGGCCAGGUGCGGUCCCCUGGGGGUGAAAAGAGUGAUGCCGGUGGCCCAGAGGGGCUGCUGAAGACGCGGCUGCCCACGCGCUCGGACAUGAUCUGCGGAUACGCCUGCCUCAGAGGCACAGCCGCCAUGAGGAACACCAAGCGUGGGUCCUGGUACGUUGAGGCACUGGCCCGCGUGUUCUCCGAGCGGGCCUGUGACAUGCAUGUGGCCGACAUGCUGGUGGAGGUGAACGCGGUCAUCAAGCAGCGGGAAGGCUAUGCCCCUGGCACCGAGUUCCAUCGCUGCAAGGAGAUGUCCGAGUACUGCAGUACCCUGUGCCGCCACCUCUACCUGUUCCCAGGGUACCCCCCCACGUGA